ACUCUGGCUGUCUCCUCAGAGUCGGAGCCGGAGCCGGAGUUGUGCCCAGGCCGAGCCAGAGCAGCUGCUCGAGGGCGGCGGUGCCCUCAUCCUGCCCUCUCGCCCUUUUCAGCCUUGGUGCCUUGAAAUUUGUGUUGCUGAGUCAGCAAGCCUUUCAGAUUUGCCUGGGUUUUGUUGUUUGCGUUUUAUAUCAAGAUGGGAACUUGAACAAGUCAUUCCUCCUAAGGAUCUGGUGUCUCCAUCAAGAAGGGACAAUUUGUGCCAGCUCUCCAGAGAGAAGAGAAUUCCAGCGGAGGUGUGGAAGAAACAGGAUCAGAACUAUAUUUCAGGAAGCUCAAUCUUGCACCUGUCACAGGUGGACCAGAAGGAGAUACAAGAGUUGGGGAAAGCCAGUGGGAGAGAAUACUUAUCAAGGUCCUCUGGAAACACUGGGCAAUGAACUGGAGACACCAGCCCAGAGUGGUCUGAAGCCCUUUGAGAAAGCAGAGGGAUCCUGGGGAAGAUGGCCAUGGCCCCAAGCUCUUCCCUGGCUCAGGUGUACACCAGCCCUGUGGCUGUGGUCGUGUGGGAGUGGCAGGAUGGGCUGGGCAUCUGGCACCCCUACAGUGCUACUGUCUGCAGCUACAUUGAGCAGCAGUUUGUCCAGCAGAGGGGCCAGCGCUUCGGGCUGGGGAGCCUGGCUCAUAGCAUUCCCUUAGGCCAAGCUGACCCUUCGCUGGCCCCUUACAUCAUCGACCUCCCCAGCUGGACCCAGUUCCGCCAGGACACUGGCACCAUGCGGGCUGUGCGGAGACAUCUGUUCUCCCAGCUUUCAGCCCCGGGCCGGGGCAUUGUCUGGGAGUGGCUGAACGACGAUGGCUCCUGGACGGCCUAUGAAGCCAGCAUUUGUGACUAUCUGGAGCAGCAGUUGGCUAGUGGCAACCAGCUUGUAGACUUGGCACCUCUGGGGUACAACUACCUCGUCGACUAUGCCACCCACACACAGAUCAACAAGAGUUCGAACUUCUGCCGUAAUGUGCGGCGCCAAGUAGGGCCUCCUUACCCAGUGACCACCAUCAUUGCUCCACCGGGCCACACGGGAGUUGCCUGCUCUUGCCAUCAGUGCCUCAACGGCGGUGGAACUGGCCCUGUGUCAGGCCGCUACCGCCAUUCUAUGACCAGCCUCCCUGCUUACUCUAUCCCCCAGCCCCCCCAAAGGACUGCUAGUGUCUUUGGGGCCCACCAGGCCUUUGCCCCAUAUAGUAAGCCCCCACUCUCGGGGGCUAGGUCUGCGCCCAGGCUGAAUACCACCAACCCCUGGGGUGGGGUGCCACCCUCCUUGGGGAGUCAACCCUUUUAUUGCUCUAGCCUCUCCUACCUGGGACCUCAGCACCAGCCCCCAGGAUCAUCCACUGCCAGUGGAGCCAGUGCCUCCAUGCCCAGCGGUCCUGUGAGCAGCCCUGGGAACAUUCCUGCCACUGUGCCCGUGCAGAUGCCGAAGCCCAGCAGGGUCCAGCAAGCCCUUGCAGGCAUGACGAGUGUUCUGAUGUCAGCCAUUGGACUCCCUGUGUGUCUUAGCCGCGCACCCCAGCCCACCAGUCCUCCCGCCUCCUGUCUGGCCUCUAAAAGUCACAGCUCAGUUAAGAGAUUGAGGAAAAUGCCCAUGAAAGGAGGGACUUCAAAGCCAAAGCCAGAGCCAGAGCAGGUGAUAAGAAACUAUACUGAAGAGCUGAAAACAGCCCUGGAUGAGGACUGCAACAUCUGUAUGGAGAAACUGUCCAUGGUGUCUGGGUAUAGUGAUGUGACCAACAGCAAGACCAUCGGGCCAGUGGCUGUGGGCCGCCUCACCAAGUGUAGCCAUGCCUUCCACCUGCUCUGCCUGCUGGCCAUGUACUGCAAUGGGAACAAGGAUGGAAGUUUACAGUGUCCUUCCUGCAAAACCAUCUAUGGAGAGAAAACUGGGACCCAGCCUCGGGGGAAGAUGGAGGUGUUUAGCUUCCAGGUGUCCCUCCCUGGCCACGAGGACUGCGGGACGAUACUCAUAGUUUACAACAUUCCUCAUGGCAUUCAGGGCCCUGAGCACCCCAACCCCGGGAAGCCAUUCACCGCCAGAGGAUUUCCUCGCCAGUGCUACCUUCCAGACAAUGCCCAGGGCCGCAAGGUCCUAGAGCUGCUGAAGGUGGCCUGGAAGAGGCGACUUAUCUUCACAGUGGGGACAUCCAGCACCACAGGUGAGACUGACACAGUAGUGUGGAACGAGAUCCACCACAAGACAGAGAUGGACCGCAAUGUGACAGGCCAUGGCUACCCUGACCCCAACUACCUGCAGAAUGUGCUGGCUGAGCUGGCUGCCCAGGGAGUGACUGAGGACUGCCUGGAGCAGCAGUGACCCAUCAGCCUGGCAGCCAGCCUCCCCAUCCCCACUGCCUGCUGGGCUGCCCCUGGGAUGGACAGGCAGGAAGGUGCCUUUCGUCAGAAGCUGAAAUGUUUGUUGGGGGUAUGGGAGAUUUCCACCGAAGCUGGAGCUUCUUCUGUUUGCCUUUCCUCCUUCCUCUUCCCCUCCAGGCCUAUAUCUGCAUGGGAAUAGAGCAAGCCUGGGGAGCUGUACUUAUGGGGGCUUAAGAUGCAGCUACCUCAGUGCUGGGGGCCUGGCAUGGGGUGAGGAGAGACUGUCCCACCCCCAGCCAGGGGCAGGCAUGGGUCUGGGUCAGCUUCUCAUACCUCAGAUGUUCUGUUUGCAAUAAAUGCCCAAUAGCCAAAGUCAGCAGGCCCUGGUGCGUUUGUCAGUGGAGAGGCUUUGUGUGUGUUUGUGUGAUAUGUAUAAAGGCCAACACAUACAUGUCUUGCUGUAACAGAGCAGGAAGGGACCUUAUGGGCUGCCCGUUUGACUCCCAUUUCCUAAAUGAAGAAACGGAGGCUGCUGGAGAGCCCAUGGCACUGAUCUAUGCUGCUUCCCCAUCCCCCACUCCAGUUCUUGCAAUGUAGAGUCCAGCAACGGAGAGUCUACCAUCCCAUUACUUUCCCAGGUUCUGGGGAACACUGCUCAUGGGAGGAAGGUGCUGCUGCCUUCAUUUUACAGAUGGGGAAACAGGUUCAAGGGUCUAGUGAUUAUCCCUAGGUCCCAGCUAAUGGUAGAGCCAGAGUUGGAAUCCCAGCCAGGAUUGGUCUGAUAUCCUCCUCAAUGUUCUAAUUCUUCUGGACCCUCUCAGAGGAGGAUCAGAUACUCCCAGACUUGCUGUCUCCUAAGGGGGUGGUGGUGCUUGUGGCCCGAGAUGAGGGACACACAGGGCCACAUAAGGAAAAUAGUUAGUCCUGGCCAGGUGGUUCAGUUGGUUGGAGCGUC